AUGGCGGGCAAGGUUGUAGUUUUGGGAUUCUGGACCAGCAUGUUUGGGGAGAGGUCCAGAAUAGCCCCGGAAGAGAAAGGUGUCAAGUAUGUGUACAGAGAGGAGGACUUGUGGAACAAGAGCCCUCUCCUUCUGCAGAUGAAUCCGGUUCACAAGAAGAUCCCAGUUCUCAUCCACAACAGCAAACCGGUCUGUGAGUCACUCAUCAUUGUGCAGUACAUUGAUGAGGUUUGGAAGGAUCAAGCUGCUUCUUUGCUUCCCCUUGAUCCUUACGACCGAGCUCGGGCCAGGUUCUGGGCUGACUUGAUUGAUAAGAAUUUUCAUGUUGCUGGGAGGAAGCUAUGGAGCAUAAAAGGAGAAGAACAUGAGGCAGCAAAGAAGGAAUUUAUUGAAAUCCUGAAGCAGUUGGAAAGAGAGCUCGGAGACAAGCCAUACUUAUGGGGUGAGAGAUUCGGCUUCUUGGACAUUGCCCUUAUCGGAUUCUACAACUACUUUUAUGUGUUUGAGAGCCGUGGAAACUUGAGCAUGGAGGCAGAGUGCCCUAAGAUUGUUGCAUGGGCCAACAGGUGCUUGCUGAGGGAGAGCGUGUCAAAAUCUGUUGCUGACCCCAAAAAAGUGUGA